CUCCAGGGGAUGGCAGCCGCGUCCCGUAGCGCCUCUGGCUGGGCGCUACUGCUGCUGGUGGCACUUUGGCAGCAGCGCGCAGCCUGCUCCGGAGUCUUCCAGCUGCAGCUGCAGGAGUUUGCCAACGAGCGAGGCGUACUGGCCAGCGGGCGGCCGUGCGAACCCGGCUGCAGGACCUUCUUCCGCGUCUGCCUUAAGCACUUCCAGGCGGUCGUGUCGCCCGGGCCCUGCACCUUCGGCAGCGUCUCUACGCCUGUGUUGGGCACCAACUCCUUCGCCGUCGGGGACGAUAGUAGCGGCGGGGGACGCAACCCUCUUCAACUGCCUUUCAAUUUCACCUGGCCGGGUACCUUCUCACUCAUCAUCGAAGCUUGGCACGCGCCAGGAGACGACCUGCGGCCAGAGGCCUUGCCACCAGACGCCCUCAUCAGCAAGAUCGCCAUCCAGGGCUCCCUAGCUGUGGGCAAGAACUGGUUACUGGAUGAGCAGACCAGCCCCCCCACGAGGCUGCGCUACUCUUACCGGGUCAUCUGCAGUGACAACUACUAUGGGGACAGCUGCUCGCGCCUGUGCAAGAAGCGCAAUGACCACUUCGGCCACUACGUGUGCCAGCCAGAUGGCAGCCUGUCCUGCCUCCCCGGCUGGACUGGGGAGUACUGCGAAGAGCCUAUCUGUCUUUCUGGCUGUCAUGAACAGAACGGCUACUGCAGCAAGCCAGCGGAGUGCAUCUGCCGCCCAGGCUGGCAGGGCCGCCUCUGCAACGAAUGCAUCCCCCACAAUGGCUGUCGCCACGGCACCUGCAGCAUCCCCUGGCAAUGCACCUGCGACGAGGGCUGGGGCGGCCUCUUCUGUGACCAAGAUCUCAAUUACUGCACCCACCACUCCCCAUGCAAGAACGGGGCGACGUGCUCCAACAGCGGGCAGCGGAGCUAUACCUGCACCUGCCGCCCGGGCUACACCGGCGUGGACUGCGAGCUGGAGCUCAGCGAGUGUGACAGCAACCCCUGUCGCAACGGGGGCAGCUGCAAGGACCAGGAGGAUGGCUACCGCUGCCUGUGUCCCCCGGGCUACUACGGCCUGCACUGUGAACACAGUACUUUGAGCUGCGCAGACUCCCCCUGCUUCAAUGGGGGUUCCUGCCAGGAGCGUAGCCAGGGGGCCAGCUAUGCCUGUGAAUGCCCCCCAAACUUCAUGGGCUCCAACUGUGAGAAGAAAGUGGACAGGUGUACUAGCAACCCGUGUGCCAAUGGGGGCCAGUGCCUGAACCGUGGUCCUAACCGCGUGUGCCGCUGCCGUCCUGGAUUCACAGGCCCCCACUGUGAACUGCACGUCAGCGACUGUGCCCGCAACCCCUGUGCCCACGGCGGCACUUGCCACGAGCUGGAGAACGGGCUCGUGUGCACCUGCCCCGAUGGCUUCUCGGGCCGGCGCUGCGAGGUGCGGAUACCAGCCGACGCCUGCUCCUCGGGACCCUGCUUCAAUGGGGCCACCUGCUACCCUGGCCUCUCCGAGGACAGCUUUGUCUGCAACUGUCCCUAUGGCUUUGUGGGCAGCCGCUGCGAGUUCCCCAUGAGCAUGCCACCCAGCUUCCCCUGGGUGGCUGUCUCUCUGGGUGUGGGCCUGGUGGUGGUGCUGGUCUUGCUGGGCAUGGUGGCAGUGGCUGUGCGGCAGCUGCGGCUUCGGCGGCCCGACGAUGGUAGCAGGGAGGCCAUGAACAACUUGUCGGACUUCCAGAAGGACAACCUGAUCCCUGCCGCCCAGCUCAAGAACACCAACCAGAAGAAGGAGCUGGAAGUGGACUGUGGCCUGGACAAGUCCAACUGUGGCAAACAGCAGAACCACACACUGGACUAUAAUCUGGCCCCAGGGCCUCUGGGGCGAGGGACCCUGCUGGGGAAGUACUCCCACAGUGAUAAGAGCCUAGGGGAGAAGGCGCCACUGCGGUUACACAGUGAAAAGCCAGAGUGUCGGAUAUCAGCGAUAUGCUCCCCCAGGGACUCCAUGUACCAGUCUGUGUGUUUGAUAUCAGAAGAGAGGAACGAAUGUGUCAUUGCCACAGAGGUAUAAGGCAGGAGCCUUCCCAGGACAUCCCAGCUCGGCCCCAGCAGCUGGAUCUUCCUUCUGCAUUGUUUACAUUGCAUCCUGGAUGGGACAUUUUUAAUAUGCAACGUGCUGCUCUCAGGAGGAAGAGGGAAUGGCAUGACCUGGACAGACUGUGAACUUGCCAAGCGAUGCAGUGCCCUUCCACGCCUCUGCGUGUCUGUCUGGCAUCAGACUGGCAGCCGCGCCAGCCAGGGGAGCAGAGAGGAGAGGUGCCACUGGGACCCGCCCUGCCGGCAGUGGCCUUCACAGGGCCCCUCUGGGGAUCUGGCCUGUUUUCCGGAGGGAGCAG